CCAAGUUCCCGAGGUCAGGGUAGGCAUUGCUGGAGUCCCCGUGCCCUCUUCAGGCUGCAUGUAGAGCCUAUUGGUUCGCCUACGUUCGUUUGAUUUUGUGCAGUGUCUUGCUGCGGAAGGGAAAGAGAGCCAGGGCGUUGAAAAUGUUUAUGGGCAGAUCCGGUUUUCUCAAACCCAACACACAAAAAACCAGUCCCUCAAACGGAACACAUCUACUCAACCCCCAAAUUUGGAGGGACAGCCAAACGCAUACCAGACACAACGUUCUCAUAAUGUACACAUUGUAAAUAUGUGUAACUUUUGGCAAUUUAAGAUGCUAUGAUAUAAUGGAAAAAACACUGGACCUGAAGUCAGAAAACCUGAAGAGUUCUGACUCAGAUACAAUAUCAAUGUGACUUUGGGCAAGUCAAUUGAUCUUUCUUAGCCUCAGUUUCUUCAUCUAUAAUAAUGCUUGUUUGACCUACCUCUAAGGAACCUGCUUUGUAUAUGGUCGAGAACCGAGACCUGUUUAUACCACCUCCAGCUACAAGAAAGCAGAUGAUGAGAUGUCCGGGACCGCGUCCACUGCGGACCUGGAGGAUACACCCACUCGCACCAUUUACUUCAAUCAGCCCCAGCAGACCAAGUUCCACGACAACCGGGUCAGCACAGCAAAGUACAGUGUGGUUACAUUUCUACCUCGGUUCUUGUAUGAGCAGAUUCGAAGAGCUGCUAACGCCUUUUUCCUCUUCAUUGCCUUAUUGCAGCAAAUUCCAGAUGUGUCUCCAACAGGAAGAUAUACCACCUUGGUGCCACUGAUAUUUAUCCUAACAGUUGCAGGCAUCAAAGAGAUUAUAGAAGAUUAUAAACGUCACAAGGCUGACAGCACAGUUAAUCGAAAGAAAACAAUAGUGUUAAGAAAUGGUAUGUGGCAGAACAUUAUUUGGAAAGAGGUAGCUGUUGGAGAUGUUGUAAAGGUAACCAAUGGGCAAUAUCUUCCAGCAGACUUGAUCCUUAUCUCUUCCAGUGAACCUCAGGCAAUGUGCUAUGUUGAAACAUCUAAUCUGGAUGGGGAGACCAAUCUUAAAAUUCGGCAGAGUUUGACUCAGACAGCUAAUCUGACGUCAAGAGAGCAGUUGAUAAAAGUAUCUGGAAGAAUAGAAUGUGAAGGUCCAAACCGUCACCUUUAUGACUUCACUGGAAACUUGUAUUUAGACGGUAACAGUUCAGUUUCAAUUGGGCCUGACCAGAUCUUACUAAGAGGUGCCCAGCUUAGAAAUACUCAGUGGGUCUUUGGCAUAGUUGUAUACACUGGACACGACACCAAGCUCAUGCAGAAUUCAACUAAAGCACCUCUCAAGAGAUCCAAUGUUGAGAAAGUGACCAAUGUGCAAAUUCUGGUUUUGUUCUGCAUCCUACUGGUCAUGGCCCUGGUGAGUUCUGUAGGCGCAUUGCUGUGGCACGGAACCCAUGAAAACACAAGCUGGUACUUUAGUGAACUAGAGGGAGUUUCCAACAAUUUUGGAUAUAACCUGUUGACAUUUAUCAUCUUGUAUAACAACCUCAUUCCAAUUAGUCUUUUGGUCACCCUUGAAGUUGUAAAAUUUAUCCAGGCCCUUUUUAUAAACUGGGACUUGGAUAUGUAUUAUAUGGAAAAUGACACUCCUGCAAUGGCUCGGACAUCAAACCUUAACGAAGAGCUUGGGCAGGUUAAAUAUCUAUUUUCUGAUAAAACGGGAACCCUUACAUGCAAUAUUAUGACCUUCAAGAAAUGUAGCAUCGCAGGAGUAACCUAUGGUCAUUUCCCAGAGUUGGAAAGAGAACGCUCUUCUGAAGACUUCAGUCAUUUGCCUCCUCCCACUAGUGAUUCAUGUAUAUUCGAUGACCCAAGAUUGUUACAGAACAUUGAAAAUGAUCAUCCCACUGCUGCGUGUAUACAGGAGUUCCUCACGUUGCUGGCUGUUUGUCACACUGUUGUUCCAGAAAAUGACGGCAACACUAUCAACUACCAGGCCUCUUCUCCAGAUGAAGGGGCUUUAGUGAAAGGAGCAAAAAAACUUGGCUUCGUCUUUACUGGAAGAACUCCUGACUCGGUUAUCAUAGAAGCUUUGGGUCAAGAGGAAACAUUUGAAAUUCUUAACGUCCUAGAGUUUUCAAGUGACAGAAAAAGGAUGUCGGUAAUUGUUCGAACACCAUCAGGACAAAUUCGCCUCUACUGUAAAGGAGCUGAUAAUGUGAUUUAUGAGAGACUGUCAGAGAAUUCUGAGUUCACAGAACAAACUUUGUGUCAUCUUGAAUAUUUUGCUACAGAAGGUUUGAGGACACUUUGUAUUGCCUAUGCAGACCUAUCUGAGGAUGUCUACCAGGAAUGGUUGACUGUUUAUAAUACGGCCAGUACAACUUUGAAAGACAGAAGUCGGAGGUUGGAAGAAUGCUAUGAAAUAAUUGAGAAGGAUCUCCUGCUCCUUGGAGCUACAGCCAUCGAAGAUCGGCUUCAAGCAGGUGUUCCAGAAACAAUAUCAACACUAAUGAAAGCAGAAAUUAAAAUAUGGAUCCUAACUGGAGAUAAGCAGGAAACAGCAAUCAACAUAGGUUAUGCCUGCAGACUGGUGUCACAAAACAUGUCUCUCAUUUUGCUGAAUGAACAUUCUUUGGACGCAACAAGAGAAGCCCUUACUGAGCACUGUGCUUGCCUUGGAGAUUCUCUGGGCAAAGAAAACGACAUUGCCUUGAUCAUUGAUGGUCACACAUUGAAGUAUGCUCUCUCAUUUGAAGUCAGGCAGAUCUUCCUGGAUUUGGCCCUUUCAUGCAAAGCAGUCAUCUGUUGCAGAGUAUCUCCCUUGCAGAAAUCUGAAAUUGUUGACAUGGUUAAGAAGCACGUGAAAGCCAUCACCCUUGCCAUCGGGGACGGUGCCAACGACGUGGGGAUGAUCCAGACUGCUCAUGUUGGCGUGGGGAUCAGUGGGAAUGAGGGCAUGCAGGCAACAAACUCCUCUGAUUACGCUAUUGCACAGUUUGCCUACUUGGAGAAGCUUCUGUUGGUGCACGGAGCCUGGAGUUACAAUCGAGUGACCAAAUGCAUCUUAUAUUGCUUCUACAAGAAUGUGGUGCUUUAUAUUAUUGAGCUUUGGUUCGCCUUUGUUAAUGGAUUUUCUGGGCAGAUUUUAUUUGAACGCUGGUGCAUCGGCUUGUACAAUGUGAUUUUCACUGCAUUGCCGCCCUUCACUCUGGGAAUCUUUGAGCGGGCUUGUACUCAAGAGAGCAUGCUCAGGUUUCCACAGCUCUACAGGAUUACCCAGAAUGCUGAGGGGUUUAACACAAAGGUUUUCUGGGGUCACUGCAUCAACGCCUUGAUCCACUCCAUCAUUCUCUUCUGGGGUCCAAUGAAAGUACUGGAGCAUGAUGCAUUGUUUGCGAGUGGUCAUGUUGUGGACUAUUUAUUUGUUGGAAACAUUGUUUAUACAUAUGUUGUUGUUACUGUUUGUCUGAAAGCUGGUUUAGAGACAAGAGCUUGGACGAAGUUUAGUCACCUGGCUGUGUGGGGAAGCAUAGCACUCUGGCUGGCGUUCUUUGCAGUCUACUCGACCUUCUGGCCCAUCAUUCCCCUUGCACCGGACAUGGUUGGGCAGGCAGGAAUGGUGUUAAGAUGUGGAUACUUCUGGCUGGGUUUGCUUCUGGUUCCCGGGGCAUGCUUACUUAAAGAUUUAGCAUGGACUGCGGCCAAGCAUACCUACCAUAAAACUUUGCUGGAGCAGGUUCAGGAGUUGGAAACUAAGUCCAGAGAGCUGGGAAAAACUAUGCUUCGUGAUAGUAAUGGAAAGAGCUUGAAUGAGCGGGAUCACUUGUUAAAGAGACUGGGCAGAAAAACUCCUCCGACUCUCUUCCGUUCUAAUUCUAUCCAGCAAGGUGUAUCACAUGGAUAUGCCUUUUCCCAAGAAGAACACGGAGUGGUCUCUCAGUCAGAAGUGGUCCGCUCUUAUGACACAACCAAACAGAGAGCUGGAGUGCAGUAGGACCCUACCGGGAAUUGAUGACAUUGGAUGCCUAUAUCCAGCAUCCUUGUCUAAGGCUGGCAGCGAGAGUAGCGGAAACACUGGAAAGAAAAAUCAUUUCUGUGGCCUUAGCCAACAAGUUUGUUAAUGAUGUCUCCCCUCUGCAAACCCCGAGUACAUAUGGCGGGAAAUCGUUGUUUCAAUUUGUCCGCAAUGCUCUGCCUAACUUUUGUUUAUGUUGUUAUGAAGCAUUCGACUGUGCUCUGUGAGGUGUGAAAUUAAAAACAUUAUGUUUCACCAAUACUGAAACAUCAGUACAAGUUGUUCUGGGAGAAAGGUAAAAGAAUUUUAUGUUCCGUGAGAAACCUAUCUUGUUUUAAUUGGAAUAGGGGUAUGGAAACUUCCUGUUUUGUUAACUUGCAGAUUAAGUGCGCCAGAAGCAUGUAAACCUUAUGCCAGAGUGGUUGUUCCCCUUGCUUUGAUUUAAAUGUUGUUUGUAUGAAGUUGACAUAAACUUCUUGAUUGCAAUGAAAUCACAAAUAUGUAACAGAAUGACCAAUCUGAGAAUAUUUAUCUUAACCUUUUUAGCCUCCUACCUUCCCAGCAGUGCUAACACAUAGGUGAUCCAAUGAAGUAUUCUGCAGCCAUCCUAUGGGCUUUCUAAGUCCCUUCUAGCAGUUUUUUCUUCCCCGCACGCACAGACAGUAUUUCUCUCCUUCAGACCCUCUGCAUGGUGGGCCAGGCGUGCUGGUGGUAUGGUAACCCAAUGCUGCAACUGUCCCAGCCGUGUGAUUUCCCUGGCUUCUGGCCCCUAGGCCUGCAAACUCAACAGAAUCUUGAUCCAGAUGUGAGAAAUCCCAUUCCUGCCCCUUCUCCCCCUAACCCCUACCAUCACAGAAGAGACAUAACCACCCUGCAUUUACUCUGUGCAUUCAUUCUGUCAUAACCAGGCAAUGUCCUGGUGGCCGGUGCGCAGGGCCUGCCUGCAUGUGGUAGAAGUUCCCGUAUUACCUCUUAAGCUGAUUGCUUCACAAUCACCCCCACACCCAGCAGGUUGGGGCCUUUGCAGUCGGGGCUGCCUGUGGCCACACCCAUGCUUCCAGGAGUUCAGAACCCAUCUUGGAUAUUCCCUCCCAUACUUAAGAUGAGUUCUAGUAUUUCUCCCGGAAAGGACAAAGGGUUAGCAAUCCCCUUUCAUACUGGAGGGGGUCAUGGAGUGCGCUUCUCCACCAAAGAGGAGAAGUAGGUAAAAGGAAGAAAGUAGCAAAGAGGAAGGACUGAAAAAGGAAAGAUUGCAAGUGAUGGAAUGGUGGAAUGGGGAAGGGGGCGGGGCUGGGCUCUCCUUACAUUAACUCUACAUCGAGUGUGAAGGAAGCCUUUUGGCAAGGGUAGGUAGCAUCUGGCACUGAACACUGUUGUACAAUACUGUUCUUUGAAAGAAUGAGCCCCAGGGUAUUUACACCAUCAGCCCACUAAGUCCCUCAGAGGGGACAAAGAAUUAAAAAUGAAGUGUUAAUUGAAAUAUGCUGACCAACAUCCCAAAUAUUGCCUGGAAAGGAAGCCUACUCUUGCUCUCUGGUAGGGUGUCCAUUUAUUUUUGACCAUUUCAAACACUGGCACCUUCGUAAGAUUGACUCAGCAUCCUGAAUCCUAAGAAAAAGGAUGGGCUGAAAUACUGCAUUUUUAGGACUGCACGGUGAUGUACAAUGCCACAUCUCCAAAUUUUGCUAAAACUCUGGAUGCCUUGGGGCAUGAACAAGAGCAGUGAAAGCCCUUGGUAAACUACCAGCCUCUAGGCACAUCCCCUUCAUUUGAGUUGCCAAUCUAGAUUCUUGACUGGCAUGAAGUAAAUACUGUUGAACAGCCUGUUAAUGACUGGCAUUUCCGAGUCACUCUGUGGAUUGGGAUUUGGGGAAGGAUUGGAAGGCAGCAGGAAAGAUGAGAUAAUAGGUGUAGAUCAUCUUUCUCCCAAUAUCACUAAAAGGAUCAGAAAAAUCUCAAGGAGAGUAAUGUGCUCAUUCAUUCCAUAGCAUAAUACAAGCCAGCUCUUGGAAGGUGACCACUUGGGAAAGUCAGUACCCAUGGUGACUAUGAGGGGAUGACAAGAAAGAUGCCCAUUGUCACAUGCACCUGUAGCAAAGGUCCAAAUGCCAAUGUACUUGUAUGUUAUUGGAAGGCGGUUCUGAAGGUAUGGGGGAAAAAAGAAACCAGAGACAGAUUUGCUUCAGGCAUCCUCCAACCUUUGGCAAUAGUUCUAGAAUCUUAAAUCCUUUCAUUUAGGAAUUAAUCCUGUUUGGAAUUGCCUCUUUCUGAACUUCCUUCAGUCUUACCAAUUCAGAUCCAUUCAGCAUGUUUCUCCACUACAAACGACCCUUCCUGAGAUUUAAGUAUAUUUUCCAUUUUAAAAGAUGGACCGGGGGUAGCUAGGUGGCGCAGUGGAUAAAGCACUGGCCCUGGAUUCAGGAGUACCUGAGUUCAAAUCCAGCCUCAGACACUUGACACUUACUAGCUGUGUGACCCUGGACAAGUCACUUAACCCCCAUUGCCCCGCAAAAAUAAAUAAAUAAAUAAAUAAAUAAAUAAAUAAAUGCUUACCAAAAAAAAAAAAAAAAGAUGGACCACUCUCUAGAAAGAGUAAGGAAAUCUAUACAACAGGAAAGAGCGGAGGGAGAAGAUCCUUUCGCUGUUUCCUUAGUCCGCUGAGCUUCCCUAUAGCAGAAUGAAUGAUCUGGGUUUCUAAGAGGAGCAGCUGCCACUUGAUGUGAUUUACUUAGCUGGUGCAGACUUAGAGGCUGUAUCACUUUGCCCUAUCUCUCAAUUGAGGUCAGAGUGUCACGCACAAAACCUCCCCAGAAUGAAGCAGUGGGUUGUACUAAGAUGCAUGUGUUGAAUAUUGGCUCAGUAGAGAUCCCAUAUGGAAGCUGUCACUAGACCAUCCAGUGUGUGACACUGGGGCUGGCAGGUCCAACUCUCUCAGUACCGUAAGAUCCUAAUCUGGAUCAGGUUGAAUCCUGCAAAACCCGCCCCAGGUCAAGACCUAGCAUUCCUCUUGUUCUCUGGAACCAUUACAAGCCUUAAUCUGUCGUGGUACACAAUUUACUCUUUAGGGUUGGUGGGCAUGAAUGAUGGAUGACUCAGCAUGUUCCUGGCCACGUAGGCAAAAAGAAAGGACGGGUCACUCUAUGUAAACUGAAUUCUGGGUUCACUUGCUGAGAUGCUUAUGCCAGCAAAGACAGCCUUUGGAAGGACACAGUGAAGAGGCGAUUGCUUGGGCAGGCUGGUGGAGCAGAAUAAACUGAAGCUUUCUGCCUGGCAAUCUAGGUUAACACGUCGGUUCUGAUCAAAAAGGACUUUCAUUUUCCAGUCCUCUGUCGUGGCCAAUAUACUGGAACUAAGUUCUAGGGAGCCACUGACGCAUCUAUCCCAUUCUCUUUGGGUUUCAUCUCCGAGUUCCCUCCUUCAUCCUCCCAGGAAAGAAAACACAAACUUUUUUGGUUUGAAACCAAUGUACCACGCCAUGCCUGCACGUUGUGGGUGGAAGACACUGUUUCUUUAACUCCCUUAGAGAAAUAUAUAUAUUUUUAAAAGUGAACCAAGGAUUUAGCCGAGUACCGCUGAAAAGUCUGUUGACGUUUUCUUUUCCUUGACAAGGCUUCGGGUCUUGCUGUAGGGAGCUGGCAGUAGAAAUGGGUAAUAACUUGUCAAGGAAGAAAUAGUGUGUGUGUGGGGGGGGGGGGGGGAAAUCAGUGUUAGUUGCUGAUGUGGAGAAAUUUGUCAGAUGUAUCUAUUAUGGCCACCAAACAUAACUGUUUUUCAGGUGGCUAAAAUCUGUUUCUCAUCACAAUGACCCCUUAAUUCGCUUUUGGAACCGUAAAGAAGGGGGAAAAACCAAACCAGUUCUCAUUUGAUUUCCUGGUUUCUGAAGUUUUUAGGUCCCAGCCCCUAAAUUUCCCCGGGAUCCCUCCCCCAUCCUUGCUCCAUAGGAUCUAUCCCUUGUUUUGAAAACAAUUGCACACAUUUCAGCUAAGGUUUGAGUUACAGCCCAGGGUCACAGUGCUCAAGUAAUUCAAGGAGUGAUUUAACCUCAGCAUUUGUAAGGAAUCCUUCAUCUCCUGAGAUCCAUCGAAAAAUACAAAUGGGGACCUGGGUAACUGGGUGAAGUAGUUAACCAGGUCAAACCAAAGUGUCUCCUACCAUAACCAUUAAAGGGCAGGGAAAGCUUCCUGCAGAUGAAUGAAUGGGAGGUGGGGGGAGGGCACAUACUGAACUCCUAAUCCAGGGGCUAAAAAGGAGUGAGUAUAUAGACGGUGGGUUGUCCAGUGGGUUUUUAGUGUUUGGCCUACACUGGCCGAAGGCAGACAUUCAUCUAAGUGACGUAGCCUCUGGGGAAAGGAUUUACUCUCGUGCCAUCCAAAAUAACUGGUUAUUUUUCUGUCCUAAAGGAGUAGGAGGAAGAUAACUCUGAAGUUUGGAAGGAGGACCCUGGGGCCAAUCCUAAGGGUUUUCCAUGUUGCCAAAUGUUUCAGUUUUAUGAAAGGGGAGAGCAUGAGGGUCUAUAGGACUUUUCCAGGUUCAGGUCCAAAACUUCAGUGACCCCUUCCCUGUCUUCUACAAAAAAAAAAAAAAUCCUCUGCUUAUUAAACAAACAUGGCCGUUCAGCAAUGGUUUGCCUUCAGAGAUUUGGACGGGCUCAAACCGUUGUGUUCUCUGGCUCUCCUUCUUGGAUAAUGGGUGAGGCUUUAGAGCUUUGCAAACACGGCUGAUCUGUCCUCUUUACAAGCUUCUCCCUGGAGCCCAGAAUGAGCCAACAUCAUAAAUGUACAUUUUAUUCUACUCUUAUGUGAACUCAUUCCAAAUCAGCAACUUAAAGUAUGGGCUGCUUAAUUAGCAUUUGACUCGGGAAUCUAAGAGGCAGCCUUAGAGACAAGAAGGGCUACUGAAAAAAAGUAGGAGCAGCUGGCCUGAAUGUUAAACCCUAAACCAAGAUCAGAGGAGGCCUAACUUGUAAGUCAUUAUGAUUAUAAACAAUACCUAUGGAAGUAGAGUGUCCACUUUAAGCACUAACAGAAAGGAAGCAGGCUGAAUACAUGUCAGGGAGGGUGAUUUGGUACCCAAGGCACCAAGGUAGCAUCCUCUCAAACACAGACUCCUUGCCCCAGUUAGCUGUGAGAAGUCUACCCUGGUAUUUCUCCCAUAGCUUCAGACCAGGAUCACAUAUCCUCAAAACAUUAAACAAAAGGCUUUUCUGCUGGGCCAGUGACAACUUACUAAAUACUUCAUGCAUUCACACUAUACAGUUAGUGUCAGGUCACUAUGACUGAGGAGGGAAAAAAAAAAGAAAUUCGAACUUGGGGUUAAUCUCCAACUAACUAUUUCCAGAAAACCAUGAGAGUCAAGCUAAGAUCAGUUUGAUUAGUCACUUUCCCAAAGUGGAAGAGGGGGAAGGGAAACUGGAAACAAACUUGAGGAGCAGAAUAAAGAAGGGAACCCACUUAGAUGGUGAGGUAGUCAAGUUGGAGAGAGAUGCACUAUCCAGCUGUAUGAUUCCAUUGUCAUUGGGCAGAAUGGGGGGCACCACCCUAUACCACUGUUCACAAAAGCAACCCCCCAUCUGAGUCACACCUGUUGGGAAUAAGCAGAUUUUCUCUUAUCAGGAAGUUAGUGCAAAUACUAAACCUCAUUCUCUCCUUUUCAUACUUUGUCAGCAAUGAAUGUGCUCAGAGUUCACGCUGGCUGGCCUCUGUCAAAAUAUGGCAGCCAAGGAAAUAAAAGCAAACGCAGAGACACAAAGGUGGUCUUCAUUCCCAGUGCUGGUAGAUGCAGAUGGGAAUGGGCUGGUCAGUGGGUUGAUUAGCCUAUCAGGGGCCUGGAUAUUUCACUAGCGUGUGGCCCAUUGUUCCUGGAGGUCAAAUAUUCUGCUGUCUGAAUGACAGAGUCAUCAUUGUGUCUUUUCAUCAGCAAGCAAAGUCACGUGCUCCCUUGUCUGUCAUAUCUGUGCUUGGAUUGCUUAAAUAUUGUUUUAGAUGGGGAGGUUUUAAUCUGGAUAUGCAGAGUGAAGCAGUGCUGUAGGGGAAUGUUUAAUUGGCUCCCAGCAGAGCGACGGGAGCUUCAGUGGUGUGUGGGGGUUUUUUUUCUUUCCCUCCCCCUAGAAGUGUUGCCAUUUUCACGUCCUAUUAAUGUCCUCUGGUAGUUAAAUUACAGGAGCACAUUACAGUAGAGUUGGGUUCCCUCCUGGAGUGAAUACAAAUGAAGGUCAUUUACUUGCGGGUUUUUUUAGAGGGUUUGGAGAAUUUAGUGAUUUGUAGCUUUGAUCAGUCCUGUUGACUGGUGUAUGUCUGCACAAACCUGUUUCAA